UGUUGCAAAAAGCUGCAUCAUUCUUCUAUGCGAAUGGCUCGUCAGCGGAGGCCAAGAGAACAACGAGUCCGCCAGGCGGCCCCAUCUUUACACCAGUGCUGGCAUCGACCCCGGAGCCCACGUCGACCAAGUUCUUCUACGCAAACGGGACGCCCGAUAUGCCCUCGAGGCCAAUGCUGACAACGUCGGGAUCUGGUUCGACCGUGUCAACGAGCUCGAGGAUGGCGGGGCAAAGGCCGGGCACUGGCAGUUCGGCGCCAGUGGCUGCACCCACGUCCAUGUCAAGACCAAUGUCGCCGGUCAAGCCCGCCACGGCGUCACCAUCCGUGGUAUCAUUACAAGGAAGUGCGAUGCCUCCUGGUCCCGCGAUCAGACCAGGUCUGGCGUCACCUCCGUCAUUGGCUCCCAGUGGAAACCCCCCUGGGAAAAGGCGGGUUAGCAUAGAAGCACCGGCGAGACAAGCCCCGUCUCGCCUACAACGUGGGCACUCGAGGACCGGCAGCGUGCCGACUUUUGACCAACUAGUCUUGCCGAAAUACCCUGCGCGGGCGCCACAGUCGCCCGAAGCUACGUCCGUUGUUUCGCCGCCCCUGAGUCCGGGCCUCGCGCGCCCAGCAAUGUCAAUGGCUUCGUUACUUCAGGCGGCCGAGGAGCUGGAGGAGGAAGAUGAGGACUCGGGCAGUGAACAUACCCCUCCCGAGGUAUCCAGUCCGACAAAAUCGACCCCCUCCGGUGAUCCUAUUAGUGAGCUCGUGGCCAAUGCUCGAAGGGAGCGUAAAGUGCAAGAUCUUGAGAUUACCAAUGCGUCACUCGAAGCCAUCAACCGGACUCUGGAACGCCAGCUCCGGAAACAGACAGCCGAACUUCGUCGAUACCGGCGUCUCUCCCGUGCCGGUCGCUUGUCGGCGCCCUCCAGCCGUGUCGCCUCCGCCGCCAUGACCGAACCGCCGAUCGACAUGUCCGAUGUGAGUGAGGAGGAGAGCGAUUCCGAGGCGCAAGACUCUUUCCACGAGUCUGACUUGUCGACGGACGAUGAGACUGGCUCGCAGGCGGAGCCCAUGUCUCCCAACGCCAAGAUGGCGGCCCGGCGGAAACGAGAUGAGAUGCGCCUGCAGCUCGACCUCACCAAACACCAGGAGCUCCUCAUUGACAGCCAGAAGAUUAACCAGAGUAUUAAGCGCUGCAUGGAUUGGACAGAGGUUCUCAUCAAGGAGGGGCAGAAGGCGUUGGCUUAUCAUGUCAGGGUGUCUGAUGUUGAGCUGGGUGGCAAGGUCCUCGCGCCACCUGACGAGGACGAUGAGGACGGCGGCCUGGCCCGACGAGAGGAGACGCCGGAAGUGGAUGGCCUGGAGAAGAUUCCGUCCAUCACGUUGGAGCCGGCCACAGAGAAACCGCCACCCGCUCGCGACAGUGGGAUAGAGCUGGCGCCGGAUGGCGGCUGAUGCGAUUGGGCCCCUGACUCGAGGGGAGCAGAUGAGCACGACAUAACAUGAUACCACUUGUGGCCCGGAAGCCACUCGACACAUAUAAAUUACACCCACCCACUAGCCACUCCCAUGACGGACGACAUACUCCUUUUCUACAUCUAUCUCUACAGCUCUCUGCUGUCAGUUGCACGGCCAGCUUUUGCUCUUUUGUUGCGGGACAUGUCUUUUUUUGUGUACCAACAGAUACCCCCUCUUUCUUUCUUUUUCAUUUGACAUCAGCCAUAUAUGUAUUAUCUAGCACGUCCUGUGGGUUUGGACAUGUGGUGGGCAAAGAUACCUUUAUUCAUUUAACUACUAGUAGAUGAAUUGACUGCGCGUGGCGCGAGUGAGUUGUUGUUAAAAGA